AUGUCGUGGCCAGGGCGGUCCGAGGUGGCGGAACAGACUCUGCUCGUGGGGAAUUUGGAGAGCCGGGUCAGGGAGGAGAUCCUCUACGAGCUCUUCCUGCAGGCUGGCCCAUUAACCAAAGUGAUGAUUUGUGAGGACAAAGAAGGAAAACCUAAGUCUUUUGGAUAUGUCUGCUUUAAACACAAAGUAUCAGUGCCUUACGCAAAAGCUCUGCUGGAUGGAAUCCAUUUGUAUGGAAGACCAAUUACUGUGCAGUAUUGGACGGGGAGUUCUCACUCACCAGAACUAGACAGUUGUACAGAUGGUUUUGAACACCAUAUUGACUUAGAUUCUCCUCCAGACAGGCAUCAAGAGCUUUCUGGAAAUUCUCCAUUUCCUGUCACUCCUUUGCCAGUGAACAACAGUUUAUUUCAUGAUCACCCUGUUUCUAUUUCUCUAAUGUACCAUGUUUUAGCAUAGCAGUACACAGUAAAUAGUCCAAUGGGUUAACAAUUUUUAUUAGUUGUACCUUUACACUUAUCCUUUUCUCCCUAUCAGAAUCAAACUGCACAAUUCAAGACUGCACAGAGUUCUCCUGAAUUGGCCAUAUCAAGUGACAUAUCCAAGUUCACCAAGCGGGAUGAAAGAAAGAGAAAAUGGCAAAGUUGUGACAAUAACACUAGUACUGAAGAUAAUAAAAGGAGACAAAUACAGUGUGGCCAAAACUGAAAGAAAAAAAAAAGCCAAGAAAAAGACACAUUAAUACUGGAUAAAUAUUUUUUAUUAUUAUAUUUACUUUCAUCUUUGAACUUUAUUAAAGAAGGAAUGUUCAAGAUUCAUAGUAUUUUUGAAAUGUAUUAUGCAUAGAAACUUGGAAUAUCCUGAGUUGUAAGGGUCAUGGAGUCCAGCUGGACCAGCACCCUCCAUUGCUGUCCCCCUUCCCAUCCCCUCCCAGCACACCAGCCCCCUGGGAAACAAGUUCUCCCCAAAACCCUACCAGAGCCCACUAAACCUGCAAGGUCUGGCUUUUGUGUCCCUUCUACACUGUCUGCGACAACUGAAAGAAGUCUGGCUGGCUCCUCUGUACUUGCACUGGCCCUUUAAGUAGCUGCAAAUUUCAUAGGCCCAGCUACAUCAAUCUUUUACCUUUACUUAUCCUCAAUAAAAGGCAUUGAUUUGAAAUAUAUUCACAGAAUCGUUAAUUGGUGGUUGGAAAUCGGUUGCUCUGGAGAUCAUCUAAUCAUCCCACAAAGGCAGGGUCACCUGGAGGUGACACAGGAACCUGUCGAGGGAGGUUUCUGUCUUGAAUGUCUCUGGAGAAGGAGACUCCACAAACUCUCUAGGAAACUGUCCCAGUACUCUGCCACCCUUAGUGUACAGUUCUUCCUCAUGUUAAGGUGAAGUUUGGUUGUUCAUUACCACUGAAGUCAAUGGCUGUCAGCUUGUGUAGCUGUUUAUACUUGUGAGUGGGUAAUCAGAAUAACCACUGGUUUAUAACAAGUAAAAGAGAGUUUACUUUACUGAUUUUUUUUGGUAGCAGUAGAAAAACCACAUUUUUGCAACAUUUUUUCAAGAAUGGUUUGGUUCUUGUGACUUUAAUACAUACAGAAAUAAUUCUGCAUUUUACAAGAAUGACAGUUCAUCUAAAUAGAAAAUAGAAAAUAGAUUAUUUUCCAAAUCCACAAAAAUGUGAAACAAGUAAUUGCUAACUGUGUGGAAGACCUGUCUUGCACUGCUGCAGCUAUCCUUACUCUUAAAAUAAUCUAAGUCUAAUACAAAAAAAAUCCAAACCCAGGAAUAAACCAUAAGCAAUUAUUUACCACUGAAAUCUACAGAAACAUUACCUGAGCAAAUCACAUUGAUAAUAAUAACAGCUAUUUUCUGUCAACUGCUUCACAAAACUGGAUGAAAAUUUGAUGGCAUACUGCAAAGCAUGACAAUCAACACUUAAAUGCUUUGUUAUCUUUAUUUCUGCACAAAUGUUAAAUGGCUGAAAUAAACAACAAACAUGCCAUCCCUAGAAUUAAAAAAAAAAAAAAAAAAACAAAUUAAUUUAUUAGAUGGUGCAUUAAGUGAAAAAGCUGCUCCACGUGCUUAGAUCUAGCUUUGGUUUCAAUUUGGAUUGAAGUAAUAUGUAGAAAUACAUCUCCUUUUUUCACUGUGAGAACAGUAAGGAAUUGGAACAGGUUGUG